CACGAGCGAGCUUAUUUCACCUUCAGCGAGCACGGAGGCGUCGUCACACGCACGAGCGCUGUCCGUUUGAAUCACACCGCUAGAAAUCGGAUGAUUUGCAUUUGAAAACGUAUUUAACCAAAUACUAAACAGAAUCUGGAUUUAACGCACUGAACCUUUAUAUGGUCCGCGCUCGCAUUCUGCGUAUUUCUUCACUGUAUUUUCCCCGUAGAUAGUAACGUUAGUCAGAUUUCAGAAUAAGGCGAAAUGGCAACGGACGAGCUGUCAUCGAAGUUGAACCGCAGGCUGCAGAUCGAAGAGGGCGAGCACGACCCGGUGGCGCUGGACGGGGCUCACGAGAACGGAGCGCACGAGAAAGCGGCCACAUCCAGCGCGGACUCCGAGCUGGGAGCCAAGCUGCAGCGGCGCGGGGAGCUGAACGAGGGCGUCGGUGAACACCACCAGCCCAGCAUGAAGGUGUUCAACCCCUACACCGAGUUCAAGGAGUUCUCGAGGAAGCAGAUCAAAGACAUGGAGAAGAUGUUCAAACAGUAUGAUAUAGAGAAAGAUAACUUCAUCGAUCUGAUGGAGCUGAAGCUGAUGAUGGAGAAACUUGAAGCACCUCAGACUCACCUGGGCCUGAAGAACAUGAUCAAAGAAGUAGAUGAGGACUUUGAUGGCAAACUCAGCUUUAGAGAGUUUCUUCUUAUCUUCAGAAAAGCAGCAGCAGGAGAGCUGGCAGAGGACAGCGGGCUUCAUGCCUUGGCACGUUUGUCAGAGAUUGACGUGUCUACUGAGGGAGUGAAGGGAGCCAAAUCAUUCUUUGAGGCAAAAGUGCAGGCCAUUAAUGAUUCAAACCGGUUUGAGGCAGAAAUCCGUCAGGAGCAGGAAGACAAGAAGCGUCAGGCGGAGGAGAGGAAAAAAAAACAAGCCGCUUUCAAAGAGCUGAAGUCAGCCUUCAAAUAGCCUCAUCCACCUCAAAGCCUCGAUUUACUCAUCACCUUUGUCCGUCUGUCUGCCGUCAGAGUCCCCCGCAAUCAGAGAAACUAUGCAAGGCUAUGAAACGCUCAGAGAUCCAUGCAGAUCCAUCUUCCUGAGAGAGGGACACCUGUGUAGUUUGUGCUCCUGAGCGGAUAUUGGUGUUGAAAUCAUUUGUUUAUCGUUGCCUGUUUCUCUCGCUCUCUCUCAGGCUGAUUUUAAAUGUGAAGUCAGACACUGAUCUCAAUACACUGGAUUGAAUUUGUUGUUCCAGUCACACGUCUGUGUG